AAGUACGCUACUGUAUAGUUAGUAGUAUAUUUCUGUCAUCUCUUGAGGAAAAAGAUUGUGUGGGUUUUGAAGGGUUUUUCCCAAAUGGAAUUUGACGAGUUUGAUGAUUACUCGGAGAAAACAGCGGAUAAUCCUGAGACGAGCAAUGGCAGUGAUCAAGUGGAUAAAUCUGGUGGAGGCCAAGACCCAAUUAAGAGGCCAAUGCAUAAAAGUGAUCAUCAUCAUCAACGGGUUAAGCGUUCAAGGACGCGGGAAGAGUUCCAUGAAGAUGAGGAGGAGAGGAGCUCAAGCUACCGUCACCAUUCCCCUUCAAGAGAUAGAGAGAGGAGUGGGAGGGAGAGAUACAGGAGUAGCCGAGAAUCCAAGGACAGGGACAAGCAUAAGAGCAGCAAGAAGGAGAGAGAUGGGGACAAAAUCAAAGAAAGCGACAGAGAAAGAGAUACCAACAAAGGCGAAGAUAGCGGAAGGAGAGGUCGUGGCCGCGAAGAUGAAAGACAGAGAGGUAGGGAGAGAAAUCAAGACCUGUCGAAUCGUACAAGUCAUUCAGAAAGGCAUCUGGUUGAUGGAGAGAGAGAGGAGAGCCGAGACAGGGAGAAGAAUGGUGAUAGGGAGUAUGGAGGAAGGGAAAGACAGAGCCAGUUACAAGACGGGGACCGAGAAAGCAGGAGAUUUAAAGAAAAAAAGGAAGAAGUGGCCGAGCCAGAGGCUGAUCCUGAGCAUGAUCAACGGACAGUUUUUGCUUAUCAGAUUUCUUUGCAGGCAGAUGAAAGAGAUGUCUAUGAGUUUUUUAGCAGAGCUGGCAAGGUCAGAGAUGUACGCCUCAUAGUGGACCACAUUUCUAGACGCUCCAAAGGCAUUGGAUAUAUUGAAUUUUACGAUGUCAUGUCGGUCCCUAUGGCGAUAGCCCUGUCCGGCCAACCUCUUCUUGGUCAAUCAGUGAUGGUUAAACCAUCAGAGGCUGAAAAGAAUCUUGUUCAGUCAACUGCAUCUGUGGCUGCUGGAGAUACUGACCUAAUAUGCCCGUACUCAGGUGGAGCUAGGAGGUUGUAUGUUGACAAUCUGCAUUCUAACAUCAAAGAAGAUCAACUUCGUCAGGUUUUUGAACCAUUUGGUACUGUUGAGUUGGUGCAGCUGCCUCCUGACCUGGAGACUGGGCAUAGCAGCCGCUAUGGUUUUGUGCAGUUUUCUCGCCUUGAAGAUGCUAGAGCUGCACUAAGUUUAGAUGGACAACUGGAUAUUGCAGGCCGAGUUAUGAAGGUAUCAGCUGUUACAGAUCAAACUUUAAGACAAGAAGUUGGUGCAAAUGCUGGAGAUUUUGGUGAUGAUGAGGGUGGUGGUCUGUCUCUGAGCGCUGAAUCUCUAACACUUCUCAUGCAGAAGAAGCUGGAUCAUACUAGGAUAACAUCAAGUGGUGCUGGAUCUGUUGGCAGCCCGGUUGUUGAUAACCCUGGCUUUUCUGCACCAGCGGCUCCAGUUCUUGGGGCUGCCCCUGAGGUAUCUCCUUUUGUUCCUUUUGGACAGAUUCCUGUUCCAGCACUUGCGGGAUGGCCUGCUGCAGGUCUCUCACUGCCUUCUGUUACUUUUCCUUCAAUUGAUACUAUAGGCAUUCCAAGUGAAUGUUUAUUGUUGAAGAACAUGUUUGAUCCAAAAUUAGAGUCUGAACCUGAGUUCGACCAGGAUAUUAAGGAUGAUGUUGAGGAUGAAUGUUCAAAAUUCGGAAAGUUGAAGCACAUUUAUGUGGACAAGAAAAGUGAUGGGUUGGUGUACCUGCGGUUUGAGAACAAUCAAGCUGCAAUUGCUGCGCAGCGUGCACUUCAUGGUAGAUGGUUUGCUGGGAAGAUGAUCCUUGCAACGUUCAUGGUGCCGCAGAAUUACGAGGUCACGUUUCCCCAGAGCAAGUAGGGUGUCCAUCCAUUUAAGAAUAGUAGACGAGAUCUCGUGUACUCCUGCUCGUGUCACCAGCCUUGCUGCUCUUUUUGCAUCAUUUUCUUCUGGCUACCUUCCACUUAGCUGGUGGAGUUUUGUAUCAGACAGGAACGCUGUAACAUAGGUUGUUAUUGUAUGAUCAAAGAUAAUCAAUACAAGUUUUAGCAUUAUGAGGUCUUAGAGAAAAUGUUGGUGUAGGGUUUGAAUAUCCACUUAUGUUGGUUUAUGCAGCUUCUGUUAAUAAUUUGUUGAAUUUGAUUUUCUUUCUCAA